AAUGAAACGUGCCAUGUUUUCUCCCAAACCCCCUUUUCUAAUAAUUUUCAAAUUUCAAGUGAAAAAUAAUUGACCCUACAUACCCUGAAUUUUCUCACUCAAAAAAAAAAAAAAAAAAAAAGACCCCACCCAUCAUAUCAAUCAAAUCAUCCUUAGUACAACUCAUUUACCUUUAUUUAUUUAUCAUUUUUUUCCGAGAUGUAAAUUGUAAAUUUCCUCCCACAUCAAAAACCAAUUUUCCCAUACCACAACAUUCUAUUAUCCACCAAAAUUCACACAAACAUGUUGUGCUCACACUCCUCAUUUACACUUCAUCAACUAGUCCUAAAAUUGCUAAUCUCUUUUCUUCUUUACUACUAUUCUUCAUCCCCAAUAUUAGUCUUUGGUUCAACCAUUCCCACUAUGCAUCCACUCGAACAAGAAACCCUCUUCAAAAUCAUGGAAACCCUAUCCUCCGACCAAGACUGGCGAUCUUCGUACCCGAAUCCAUGUCGUCCCGGCGCUUCUUCCUGGCCCGGGAUCGUAUGCAAAUUCACCGCAAACGACACCCGAUACUCCCACGUCACGAGGCUCGACUUCGGGACACCCCCGAACCCGUCCUGCAAAAACUCGGCGACUUUCCCUCCGGAAAUAUUCGAGCUCCCGCACCUCGAGUCAAUUUUCAUAUUCCAGUGCUUCACUCGUACCCCGACAAGAAUUACAUUCCCUCCCCCAAACAGGGCCUUACCGACACCCUCCCCUCUGCAGCAGCUUAGCCUGAGAUCGAAUUCGGCGCUCAUCGGCGCAAUCCCACCUCGGCUAAUUUCUACUCUUACAUCCCUUCAUAUACUCACAUUGUCGCAAAACAGGCUGUCGGGACGAAUCCCGACGGCUACGUUCCCCGCCGGGAGCUCUCUUGUGCACCUGGAUUUGAGCUACAAUAUGCUCACCGGUCCGAUCCCGUCGGAAAUUGGAAGUUUCCAAAAACUCGUCGGGCUUGAUUUAAGCUAUAACCGGCUGACCGGAGAGAUUCCGUCUUCGAUCGGGGAGCUUGCGGUUCUUCAGAAGCUGGAUUUAAGCUCCAAUUCACUUGGUGGAACUAUUCCUCAAUCUGUUUUUAAUAGUUUGGAAUCUCUGGUUUUCUUGGCUUUGAGCAACAACAGGUUGAAUAUCCACGGCGCUGGUUUUGGCGGGAAGAAGAAGAUUGGGCUGCGUAAUUUGCAGUACUUUCUGAUGGAUGGCAACCCGAUGUUCGCGCCGCUGCCCGUGGAAUUCGGGCAGUUGAAGAAGCUUCAAGAGCUCAGGCUAUCCAACUCCGGGUACUGGGGGAAGAUACCACCGGAGUACUCCCAGCUUGUCAACCUCAGCUCGCUGUCGCUGCAGAACAACCGUCUCUCCGGCGAGAUUCCGGCGGGGUUCGCCGGCCUGUCACGCAUUUACCACAUGAAUCUGAGCAGGAACCUGCUCGACGGGGUUGUGCCUUUCAACUCGAGUUUCUUGAGGAGGCUAGGGAGGAAUCUCGACCUGAGUGGGAAUGCAGGUCUGUGUUUGACCCCCUCUGCGGCGGCGGCGGCGGCGGAGGACGACGGUGGUGGUGGUGGGGUUGGGGUUGGUGUAUGUGGGAAAACCAAAAGGGGUUCGCCGUUGAAGAUAUCUGAAGCUCCAUUAUUAGGGUGGUGCUGCAAUUAUAAUAACCUGGUGUUUACGUUAUUGUUAAUGUUGUUUUGGUUAUUAUUCUAACGUUGGAUCAUCAUCGGACAAUUGUUUGUUACAUUGGUUAAUGAUGAUGAUCUAAUUUGAUCAACACCAAUUAUUGAUUCUACUAUGUUUUUUGCCCCCACAUGAAUAUCACCCCCUUUUAAAGAGCAAUA